CGCCGAGCAGCUCUCUCUCUCUACUAGAAGCCGCAAAAUACAAUACUAGCAGUCGCCGCCGCAACGAAUGGAGGCGAACGGGUGGAAGAGACAUCGUUAACGAACUGUUCCGCUGUCUAAAUAUCUCUCAUUCGGAUGCACGGAGGAUUUCAACAAGCGGGCAGAAGAAGCGACACGCCGUUUUUGGGAAAAGUCGAAUCCCUUCAUUUCCGUCAGAAACACAUCGAUUAGCUGUCAUUUAAGAAGAAAAAAAAGGGCGUGUGUGCGGAGUGAAGGCAGUUUUUUUUUAACCAUUUAAUGUGGGUAUAUAUGGUGUUUUAGAUAUAUUGUUUGUUUUUUUAAAAACACCAUCUGGGUCUGAAGGACACGGUCGAGGAUGGGAUGCACACUGAGCACGGAGGACAAGGCGGCGGUGGAGCGCAGCAAAAUGAUCGACAGGAAUCUGCGGGACGACGGCGAGAAGGCAGCCAGGGAGGUCAAGCUGCUGCUGCUGGGUGCUGGAGAAUCAGGGAAAAGUACAAUUGUCAAGCAGAUGAAGAUCAUCCACGAGGCCGGCUACUCAGAAGAGGAAUGUAAGCAGUACAAGGCUGUGGUCUACAGCAACACUAUCCAGUCCAUCAUCGCCAUCAUCAGAGCCAUGGGCCGCCUCAAGAUCGACUUUGGCGAUGCCGCAAGAGCUGACGAUGCACGGCAGCUGUUUGUGCUGGCGGGCUCCGCAGAGGAAGGCUUCAUGACGGGAGAGCUGGCCGGUGUCAUUAAGCGGCUGUGGAAGGACGGAGGCGUUCAUGCCUGCUUCAGCCGCUCCCGCGAAUAUCAGCUCAACGACUCGGCGGCAUACUACUUGAACGAUUUGGACAGGAUAUCCCAGGCCACCUACAUCCCGACCCAGCAGGAUGUCCUGAGGACUCGAGUCAAAACCACAGGCAUCGUGGAGACGCACUUCACAUUCAAGGACCUGCACUUCAAAAUGUUUGAUGUCGGUGGUCAGCGGUCUGAGAGGAAGAAGUGGAUCCAUUGCUUCGAGGGUGUGACCGCCAUCAUCUUCUGCGUGGCCCUCAGUGACUAUGACCUGGUGCUGGCUGAGGACGAGGAGAUGAACCGGAUGCACGAGAGUAUGAAGCUGUUCGACAGCAUCUGCAACAACAAGUGGUUCACGGACACUUCCAUCAUCCUCUUCCUCAACAAGAAGGACCUGUUCGAGGAGAAGAUCAAGAGGAGUCCUCUCACCAUCUGCUACCCAGUUUAUUGUGCAUCUUUGGUGGGGAAGAUGAGAAGAGUCGGGAGGACCAGUCACGGACCAGUGCUGUACUAUACGCCACUUUUAACAGCUUUAUUUAUGUUUUUUUGUCUUGGGCGUCAUUUGUGUAAGAUGUUUGUAUCAUUGUAAAAGCAGCACCGCAAAUUUUUCCGCACACUUUAAAAACAAAAGAAAAACAAAAUUACUUUCUAUUUAGUUUUUAUUUUAUACUUUUUGAGGAGGAGGUGGAGGAAUUCAUGUUUUUUGCUGUUCCUUCUGCCGCUGUCUCUGGAAAAAGGGAACUUUGUUGUUGGUGGAAACGCUUCUUUUCUUCCUUCCCUUCAACCAAAAAGGGAAGAAAAGGGGUCAAACUUCGAGUCCAGUCUGUUGGUACUUGUGCCUUCGCAUGCCUUUUACUGCGGCCGUAGUCCCAAUGCUUGUUCUGUUGCCUGCUGAAUUGUUCUAAACAUGAAGAGGUAAACUGCUUUCAUAUGUUAGUGUCCCUGCUAUCUUCUAUGUGCACACCACUGAGCUAUCUGGAGGAGGAAGACUUCCCUCUGGUCUGAAGGUACAUGGGUCUCAAUGGCGACUAACGUGUAGCCUCCACAGUCCCCUACCCCCAUCCCCCCCACCAGCCAUCACAAUGGAAGGCCUCUCUGGCCGAUCACGCAGUACAAUACUGAUAAUGUAUAUUGUUACAUUUGCCCCGCAGAUCUGGGGUUCUGGUUUUUAAACUGUACAAAAUAUCCAUUCUUCCCAAUCAUUUGGAAAAUGGUGAGUUUAGGCAUUGAGCUCAUAAUACGCUCAAGUGUUUUAAGUACAAAGACCAGGGUAGGCACAUUUUAAUGUAUAUUUUAAUGUAUUCGGAGGCAAGAUUUUGGUGUUGAGGAGAGAAAAAGUGAACCACAGAAGAGAUGGUUGUGAAGGCGAGGAUGAGGUCUGAAAUGUUUUUUAGGUUCAGACACCGGUCCUGUGAUUUGAGAGUGGAGGCGCUGCUCGAGGAUCCAUGAAGCCUUUCAGUCAGGUGAUGGAAACUGAGACAGUCAAGCGAGCCUGGUCUGAGUUUAGAUCAGUACUACUUUGCCAAGAGGAGUGACAAAUAAUGGUCCUGGAUCUGUUCAUAUAAAGAAACUGCCACAAUUGUCAAUGUGUGUUUAUGUUCCCCACGGAUGGAGAACCUUUGUAGACUCAUCUCUCUUAUUUUGCUAAUAAAAACCAUUUACAAAUCA